AUGAGUGCAUCCAAGAAAAAUACUCCAAAAACAAAUCCAACAGAAAGAUUCGUUAUAAUUCCUCGUAAAAUAAUACCCGCUCAAAAUACAUGCUUUUUUGAUGAUGUUUUGGCAGUCGAAACUGACGUUACCAGACAAUUAAAAUUACUUGGAGAUCAAAAUAAGCCAAAAGGCAGCA